UCUUUCUCUCUCUACAUAUACCACUGCAGUAGACCUGAUUUGGCGGGUUCCUCUCUUACUUCAUGGUCCUGAUUCUUUUUCUUCUCCAUCCAUCGAAGAUAACUCUCACGCCCAUCCCGAGGAAAUUUCAUUCGUGUUUUUUACUUCGAUUCUCUGCAAUUCCUUUCUUUGCGUCCAGUGUACGUACGUUCAUUGGUUCUUCACGGAUUAUUUUUCACACUCAAUCAUUACUGUGCUGUAACGUUUCGUAUCUUCAUUGAGAUCAAUGUGUUUCAGUGAUUGUCUGCAAGUUCUUGAUUCUUGGCUGCUAGCAUCGAUCAGCUGAGAAUGAGGAUAUGCAGCACCAUGCAAUCUGAGAUAUGAUCAAGUAAAUAGUAUUUAUAACCUGUUGGGGACAUGGGAUAUAGUUUAGAGAUCAAAACGUGUUCAAGACAAGAACAGACCUCAAAAGUUGUGAAGGAGAAGAUCCUAUCACCUCGAGCAAAUCGGAGUCUAAAGUUUCAAGACAAGUGCAAAGUUGAAACUCCAUUUGGUCAGCCAUACCUUGAUCUGCCUCAUGAAUUAAGGCGGAAUGCAGGUGACGGGCUUGGGCCCCGACUGAAAUCUUCAGGGAAUCGCCAAAAGCAGGGGUCCAAGUGUAAGGUAAAUAAAGACGAUGAGCUUGUCAAGCACAUGUCUAAUUUACCUGGCUAUCUCCAGCGAGUAGAGAGAGGAGAAAAUCUCCAAGAGAAGGCUUUGAAUUUUGGAGUUCUUGAUUGGGAGCGUCUAGAAAAAUGGAAGUACAAUGAAAAAAGUAUACCAGUCAGAGGUAAUACAAAAGCAUCAUCUUCUAGCAGUAAACCUUCAUUUGUGGCCAGCGGGCCAUCUGCACUCUCCAAUAUUGCUCAUAGAAAGACUCUUUCUCCUCAGAGCAAUCAAUUUCCAUCACACAGUUCUCAUCUUAGUUCAUCUCAUGAAAAGAAACUUUCUGACGUUGUCCAGCAGUCCCAAGGAAAGGUCUUACUAGUCCAAAAGUCUGGAAAACUUCCAGCAAACACCUUGGAUGGGCAGCAAAAUCUCCGCCGGAAAGGUAAGUCAUCUGCCAGGAAUAAUUCUGGGGUAAAGAUUGAGAGAGAUAAAAGGAAAGAGUAUGAUCAAAAGACCACAUCAAAAAAUAAUACUUUGUCAUUAGACUGGGGAAAGCGUGGAUUUACGCUUUCUUCACAUGAUGCAAUGAGUUCUCAGGAUGGUGAAACUAAGAUGCGAGUAGAGGAGGAAUUUAAUCUUGCUCACCAAAGUUGCCCUGCCGAGCAGCAACCCAUUGUUCUCCUUUUACCCAAACAUCCGUCCCAGAGAGGUUUAACAGAGAAUUUUCAGCUUGCAGAAUCCAGAACAUCAUUUGAAGGAAAAUUUACUGAAGCAAUUGGAAAGAGAUUUCCCGAUUGCUUUUCUCCUGAGGAACUUUGCCCUGGAUGGUGUUAUGAAAUUCCUCACUCUUGUCCUCUGCCUGUUGGUGUUGCAAACAAUGCGGAUUAUGAAAUGAAGCCAUGUAGCUCAAUCAAUGAUCAGGACAUGGAGCUUCAGUCUGAUGCAUCUCACAAGAGACUACAUUCAGAUCACAUACCUAACAUUCCAUCCAAAGGUAAAUGUCUUCAGUCAAGUGUGGGGCGCUCAACUUCAACUCCAAUUGAGACUUCCCAGGGGCUGGAUCAAUACAUUGAUGAGCAGCCAGCGGCAAAAGGAAGAAAUUCUUCACCUAGUCGACGAUUUAGCUUUAACCUUGGUAGGAUGAGCAGAAGUUUCAGCUUUAAGGAGAGUUCAGCAGUUCCACAGUUGAGCUCCGCAUAUGCUUCAGUCAAGUCUGGCCCGGUGAGGUCCGAAACUUGUGUUGGUUUGGAUAAUUAUACCGGAGACAAAGCAAAUUCCCACAAUAGAGCCAGGGCCAGCCCCUUAAGGAGGUUACUCGACCCAUUGCUGAAGUCCAAGGGAGCUCAUUCUGGUGAGACUAUUCAGUCGGCAAAAGGAAAUUUUAAUUCUGUAAGGUUCAAGCCCAUCACUGCCAAUGACUUACUUCAGGAUAAGAAGCGUGAAGCAUUGGCAUUUCAGGCUCUUCUGCAGCUUACAAUGAAGAAUGGUGUUCCUUUCUUUAAACUUGUGGUUGAUAACAGCAGUGAUGUUCUGGCUGCUGCCGUGAAAAAAUUUCCAACAUCCGACAAGGGUGAUUCCAGCUUGAUUUAUGCAUUCUACUCUGUUCAUGAAAUUAAAAAGAAGAGUGGAGGCUGGAUAAGUCAAGGAUCGAAAGGGAAAAGUUGUGGCUUUGGUUAUAACAUCGUUGGUCAGAUGAAGCUUUCUAGCUCCUAUCUCCCAGAUUUGACAGGACAGGAUUCCAAAGACCAAUUUAUGGUUAGAGAGUCUGUCUUGUAUGGUGUUGAUCUUGGACAAUCGGAUAAGCAAAUACCUGAGUUCUUGCCAAACAGGGAGCUUGCAGCUAUUGUUGUCAAAAAUCCAAUUGAGAGCUCAAAGGAUGGUGGAGAGCAGAGAGAUAAAGGAUAUCAUUAUACAGGAAAGGGGUUCGAGUGUCUGCUGGAAGAUGCAGUUGACACAGGAGAAAAUAAAAUUUAUAAUAGCACAACAGUCAUUCUUCCUGGCGGUAUUCAUGGCGUGCCAAAUAAAGGAGCACCUUCACCAUUGAUCAACCGGUGGAGAUCCAGUGGAUCUUGUGAUUGUGGAGGUUGGGAUGUUGGUUGCAGGCUACAAAUUCUCACCAAUCAGGAUCAAAGCAGCAAGAUUUCAAGACCAUCCGUACAUUGCUCUGCCCCAGAUCAUGUUGAUCUUUUUGUUCAGGGAGGAGGCCGAGAAAGCAAGCCAAUCUUCAGAUUGGCACGUUUCAAGAAUGGACUAUACUCUGUUGAAUUUAAUUCACCAAUCUCUUUGUUACAAGCAUUCUCAAUAUGCGUAUCAGUCGUAAGUAGCCACAAGCUGUCUCACUUCUUAGAACCGAAUAACCUGUCAGAACCAAAAUUCUUUCCAGAACCCAUGACUCAAAUCAAUAGAAUGAACAAUCCCCCCUUAGCCCGAAGAGAAGUCCAUGCAAAAUAUGUCCCACCCCCACCCCCCUCGCCAGUUGGGAGAGUCUAGUUUACUGUAAAGGAUCUACAUUGGCUCUUACUUUUUAAAAUAGCUUGGAAGGUGGGGAAGUCUACAUCUAAAAGAGAUAACAUGGGCAAGGACUUGUAAGUUGUGGCCUGUUGUUAUAUCUUCUGUGAGGUUACCUUUGUAUGCACUAAAUCAUGUAACACAAGUACAUUAAGCAGCAUUUGAAGACAGAAAUUGUUCUGAAAAGACUAGAACUACUUGUAUAUGUACGUGUACAAGAUCGGGCCAACUUGUUCCUUUAUUGAUUACAUUGCCAAUUACUAAAUGUUGUUAGUGCAUGUCAACUGAGUGUCGUUUAUUUUACGGAGAUGACAAAAUCAAAAAUCAGGAAGAAUGAAGUUCAAACUCUGAUUUUGGUGGCAACCUCUUGGCUGCAAUUCAAAAUUACCAAUUU